AUGGCUGAGGCUGUUCUGGGCGUGGUGGCCGGCGGUGCGGGCCUCGCCAGCCUCGCGCUCCAGCUCUUCGAAGUGUCCCAGAAGCUGCACGAACUGCGGGCCAACAUUCGCGACGCACCCGUCGAGAUGCGCGAGAUUCUCGACGAAGCCGACCUCCUGCGUACCAUCCUCGCCGAAUACCUCCACCUCUCUGGAGCAGCGGACAAAACCCGACUGAUGCCGACUUUGGUACAGAAGCAGGCCCUCGACCAGUGCCUGAAAGUCCUCGAGAUCCUACGGCACAUGGCGCAAGAACUCGAAAGCACGAUGCGAACUUCAAGCUCGAGGCGGGUCAUGACUUGGGCCAAGGUCGAGGCUGCCUUUAACAGGAAGCGGUUUGUGAAAUUACAAAGUACGCUCGAGAGAGCCAAGUCAACCCUCGUCCUUGCGAUAUUGACCAAUCCAACUUCGAAACCAUGUGCCCCCCAGAGGGAAGUCGUACUCCAAGAGUCCACCGCAGAAGGACCUUCAGAGGCAGCUGGUCUUCCUUGUACGACAUCUUUCGGUCUCGAAUCGUCUGCUACGAAGAGGAGAAUUGCCAAUACCAGCUCCAGCUCUUGGUUUGCCAAGUACAAUAUUGGCAUAGGAAAUGUGUAUAUUAGAGGCAAGCAUUCUCGGGGUGGAGCUGAGACUACUAACAGUACCGCCGAUAACGGUCUCAAACUGUCUGUUUCAUUUGCGUCCUGGAUGUUCAACAACUUGGUUGCCUUCAUGUUUGACUCUCGUCCACAAAGGUUCCAGCUGACGCUACAAAUCAAUCGCCUUGUUCCACCUGACGCAGAGAUAUUUCACCUUUGUGCUGCAGGCGACACGAUCGGCGUGGGGAGGUCCAUUGCCGAGGGGAAAUCUUCCGCAUCAGAUGUUACAUUCGAAGGAGUAACUCCCUUAAUGGAGAAGGAGGCACACUCACCACCUGUGGCACUACUGACCAUCAGGAUGUUUCAGGUUGCUGCGUAUUACGGACAUGCCGAUGUGUGUCGUAUCCUUCUUGACGCAGGUGCAGACACGGCUAUGACGGUACUUCGGGGCUAUUGCGGACGCACGACGAUUCAAUUAACUGCUCUACAUUUUGUUGUGGGUGGCAUGCCCCUUCCAGAGGCGUCGGUCAUGGCCCUCUGGGACCAUGUAAAUCCAUGGAACACCUAUUGGGAGGGCUCCAUGACCGAAUUCUGCUGGGAAGAUCCCCAAAUUGUGUCGAAUUCAGACGCUGUGCGUGCUCUCGUCGAGCACGAAAACAUCUGCAUUGAGUUUGGCUGGUCGCCGGCGUCGUGCAGUGCGGGUCAUGUUGACGAGGCCACGCACAUGGGAGCUGGCCAUCUGUCCCAAAUCACGCCAGAAGAUUUUCAAUGGCUGAUAGCGCCCGAGAGAAUCAACCUCGUCGGUCAGGAACUGGAUUUCUUUUAUAUGUCCUUGAUGCUGAUGCAGUGUCGCAUCUGGCAUGCCAAUCUUCGCAGGAUUUACGUCGUUUUCUCAAACAUUACAGAUCUGUCGAAGAUGGCGACAAUCGACAUCAUUCCUGGUAUAACUAUCUUACACUAUCUCCUCCCGCGUCUGCCAUUUGUCGAGGACGAACAUCUGAAUUGCCUGAGAAUCAUGCUCGAACGACUGGUGCAAGCUGGUGCAAUCGAGAUGGUCGAGGCUAUGCGCCCAGAACAACCGCUCGUGUUUGCCGCCAGAGGGGGUAUUGUUUGUUAUGUAUCCAGGUAUGGUAGCUGGGAGCCAGAGCGCGCCGCUAGCGCCCUGACUACCGGCUUGAACCUUUGGUUAGAGAUACUGGGAAGGACACAGGUGAAUAUUGGCAGCUACCUCAUCGGCCAACGUAAGUAUAUCACCAAGGAACCGAUCGAGUGCGGCGUCGUUCCACAAAUUGUCGAGAAAUUUCCUGAGCAUUUCCUUGACAAACAGUGGUACGUCCAAUUGUCGUGUCGCAAAGAUGCGGACCCGAUGGAUGUACACAAUUCCUGUGGUUUUCGCAUCAAGGCCCAAUACUAUUCUGUCGAGAGUACCUAUCCUGCACCUGGGGGUUGGCCCGGUGAUGAGGCCAAGGGUAAUCAGCAAACUCUUCAAAGCGUGGAUGACUUGUGGGUUCACAACAGUGAUGAUGACUCAGAGCUAGAAUCCAACGUAUGA